AGAUCUGUUCAAACCAGUGCUGCAAUGACCUCCUUCCCGAGGAAUUUCUGUCCUGCCGCCUCAUCCCCAAAAGAGGGAUGGCCCAGACGGGCUCAGCCCAGAGGGACCUGACAACCUGAAGGGCGGGUGAUGAGGCAUCCUUGGUCCAGGACUUCCUCAGCCUUACAGCAGCAGAGAUUCCCAUGAGCGUUUCAGGAUGCAGUCUGUCCCCUCACUCCUUCCGGAAGCAAGCUAAGCCUGCGCACAGGUCUUAGUAUCGGUGAUUGCCAGAAGCCCUGGCCUUUCCACCCUCCCUAGGUCUGUCCUGAAAGGUAAGGUAGACAUGCUACACCAGAAGCCACGCCAGGGCUCUGAUGCCACAUUGUGUGCGGUGGGGCACUUAGGGCGGUCUCAGCCAGGCUUCUGGGUACCACCGGGGACCGCCGCCGUGGGCGCAUAGCUUGGGACCCCUGUCGUAGUCUCAGAGGAGCAGUUGUGCAGCCAAGCCAAGGGCACAGCCGGAGUUGCCAGAGGCCAGCAGCCAGGGUCGUUCUCCCCACCAGCCAGAGACCCGCCCACAGCCCAUGAAACGCCCCGCCUGCAGCCCGCCCCCGCCAUCUGUGCUCCGCUCCGCCUGCUUGGGUGCAUUCAGCCUUUGGUGAUCCUCCAGGACCUAAGGUUUCGGUAUUAUCUUCGGGGCCUCUUCACCCGGAGUAGGCUUCUUUGGCUUGCGAACCUUCAGCAGAUGUCUGCCACUUCCAACAUGAGAGUCUUCCUGCCUGUGCUGUUGGCAGCCCUUCUGGGCAUGGAGCAAGUUCAUUCCCUGAUGUGCUUCUCAUGUACCGAUCAGAAGAACAAUAUAAACUGCCUGUGGCCAGUUUCAUGCCAGGAGAAAGACCAUUACUGUAUCACGUUAUCUGCCGCUGCGGGCUUUGGGAAUGUCAACCUUGGCUACACCCUGAACAAGGGCUGCUCCCCGAUCUGCCCCAGUGAAAAUGUCAAUCUCAAUCUCGGUGUGGCGUCCGUGAACAGCUACUGCUGCCAAAGCUCCUUCUGCAACUUCAGCGCAGCUGGCCUCGGACUUCGUGCCAGUAUCCCACUACUGGGCCUUGGACUCCUGCUUAGCUUGUUGGCUCUGCUGCAGCUGAGCCCCUGACCAUCCCCCAUGUGUUCUCCAUAUCCCCCCAGCUCAGGAAAAGCCCAGCUCCUUUUAGGUCCCAGGGGACCCUAGGAACCUUCAGCUCCUCCUGGGUGUGUCUAGUUCCCCCUCCACACUCUCUCAACGUCAGGGCUAAGUACCAAACUCACCCAUACCUGCUCUGUUGAAGUGGUACUGGCUACCCUUGCUUCCAGAGCCAAUCCUAUAACCUCCCUUGGGGAACCAGCGAAGGGGUGAAGAUCUCCUUGGAGUCUCAAGAGUACCAGAGUCAGCGCCGAAUCUUGUGGACACACUGACAAGGAUGUCUAAUCCAAAUAGAUGUAUAUCUGUGUGCUCAGUGUAUCCCUGUGUGAAUGAAGCCACUUGGAUUCUGGGGUGGGCAAAGAAGACCUGAAAAGAUUCUACAGCAGAAGGCCUGUGUCGCCACCAAAACCCCUCCCCCUGGUAUCAUUGUACCCACCUUGUACUCUGUUCAGGAGGCUGCCCAUGGAGGACUGCCACCCCUCCAGAUGAAGGCUCCCACUACCCGAUGCAGUUGAGUCCCAUCCUGCCCUCUCUGCCCACACUGGCUUCCUGCUGCUAUUCUAGUGCCUCAAAUAAACCGUUCACACCCUUUCCUGCUAUGUCCUGGUUGUCCUUAACCCGUCUUCCCCCUCCGGUCCAAAGGGACCUGGGGAUCCUGCAGGCCCACAGCCCUGCUUAAGCGAUUCUGAAAGACCAACCCCGAUACAGUGAUACAUUCCUAUGAUGCCAUCAUAGCAGAAGCAGAGGUCUCUGGGAGGCCAGCCUGGUGCAUAGCAAAUCCCAGGAAUCUAGGCCCAUUUAGUGAGACAGGCCUGAGAGAAAAGAGAGAGAGCAAAGGCAGAGAGAACUUGAAAGUGUGCUGUCUCAGGCUGAAAGCUGAGAAGUACAGCUACCCAUAAAGGCAGGCCCAUCAGGCUGGUCACACAUUCCCAAGCUUUGUCUGCCCCAGAGACUUCAGAGGCCUGCUGUUGCCACUUGUCCUUCAUAAACUACCCUGUAGUCUAAGCCAUGGGAGUCUGGCCCAGGCAAGUGAUACUUGUCCACCCUAUAACUGGCUUUGCUUUGCUUUCUGGUAUUUUAAGACGGUCUCGCUAUGUUAAGACUAGCUGCCCCAAACCCAGAGCAAUCCUCUUUGAGUGCUGGAAUUAAAGGCAUGCACCACCA